AUGGGUUGUUAAAAUAGUGCAAAAUAAAAAAAUAACUUUAGAUAAUAAUAUUAAGGAGAUCAAUUAUUAGGCAAUGAAAUACCAAAAGUAUAUUUAUAAUCUUAGAAAUAAAAUGAUUCUAUAUAACAUAAAGUAGAAACAGUAAAUAAUAUUAAUACUAAUAAGGAUUCAAAUAUUGCGAGUAAAUAAAGAAUACAAAAAAAAUUAAAUUAAAAAAUUCGAGCGUGUAAAUUUCAUGAUGAUUAAUUAUACGAAAAUAUAGAUAAAAUAGAAAAAGAGAAAACAAAAAAAGUAUAGGAAAUGCUUCUUAAAUCUCUAAGAUAUCAUUUCCUUUUCAAUGCUUUAUCAGAUUUGGAACUUGAAUUAGUUAUUAAAUAAAUGUAUUAUUGUACUAAUAAUGAUGAGUUUGUAUUUAAAUAAGGAUUUAAUGCAUCUUCUUAUUUUAUUUUAGAUAGCGGAUAAGUCUAAAUAUUAAUUAAUGAUGAAGUCAAAAAAACACUAAAUAAUGGAUAAGGAUUUGGUGAAUUAGCACUUCUUUAUAAUGCUUAAAGAAGCGCGUCAGUUAAAUGCAUAGGGAAAUGCGGAUUUUGGGCAAUUGACCGUGUUAUUUUUCGAAAAACAGUAGAAGAAAUUGUAUAAAAAAAUUAUGAAUCAAACCGUUAAUUUAUGGAAUGUGUGAACUUUUUUAAAUCAAUGACUACUUAAUAAAAAGACAGUAUAGCAGCAGGAUUAAUCAAUAUAAAAUACGAACCAAACCAAUUUAUUGUAAAUGAAGGAGAUUCAGCAGAUUCAUUCUAUAUGAUAAAAGAAGGAACAGUUACUAUAUGGUAAAAUGGAAAAUUUAUAAGGAAAAUGGUAAAAGGAGACUCUUUUGGAGAAUAAGCACUAUAUGUGAGUAGUAAAAGAGUGGCGUCAGUAAAAGCUGAGAGUUAAACAUAACUUUUGAGUUUAGGAAGGUAAAAUUUAGUGGCUAUUUUAGGAGAUUAAAUAUAGAACAUUAUUUAUAAUAACGUAAUUAGAUGGAGUUUUGAUAAAAGUUUACUUUUUAAACAAUUAACUAAAAUAUAAAUUGAAAAAAUAAUGAAAGUUUGUAAGAUAGAUAAUUUUUUAAAAAAUAGUUUUAUAUGUGAAAAAGAUAAAAAUUUUAAUUAAAUUGUAAUUGUUUUAGAAGGCAGUUUAGUUAAUUAAAAUGGUGUUUAAGUUGCUUCUUAAUUUUAGAUUUACGGAGAUUAAUUUUUAAAAAAAGAAAACCUUAAUUAGCCUGUAAAAUUAGGUGUUAAAUUAUAAUGUGAUGGUGUUUUAGCUACAAUAGAUAUUGAUGAUUUAUAAAGGGCUAUAGGAGGAGAUAUUGAAAGCGUUAUUAAAAGAAAUGAAUAAUCACAUGAGAAAAAAAUGACUAUGUUUGUUAAAAAAACUGAUUAUUCACAUAUUCAAUUAGAAAGUCUUAUAUAUAUUAAAAAAUUGGGAGCUGGUUAGUUUGGAAAUGUUUAUUUGGUUGCUAAUAAAGAUAAUAAUUAAUUAUAUGCAUUAAAAUCAGUAUCAAAAGCUUAAAUAAUAUAAUAAAAAUUAGAAUAGUAUGUAAUAUAGGAAAAAAAUGUUUUAUAAACAGUAGAUUUUCCUUUCAUAAUGAAAUUUAUAAAAACAUUUAAAGAUAAUUAAAGUGUUUAUUUUUUGGUUGAAUUUAUUUCAGGUAUGGAACUUUUUGAUACAAUUAGAGAUAUGAAUAUAUUAACAACGUAAGAUAGUUAGUUUUAUAUUGGAACUAUUAUUUUAUGUUUGGAAUAUUUACAUUCAAAAUAAAUAAUUUAUAGAGAUUUAAAACCUGAAAAUAUAAUGAUAGAUUCAUAAGGUAUUAUGUACUUAAUAGAUUUAGGUACAUGUAAAUUUUUAGAUAAAGGAAAACAUAUAGGCAGAACAUUUACUAUUAUUGGUACACCUCAUUAUAUGGCGCCUGAAAUUAUUUAAGGAAAAGGAUAUUCUUAUAAUGUUGAUUUGUGGAGCUUAGGAGUUUGCUUGUAUGAGUUUAUGUGUGGAGGACUUCCUUAUGCAGAAGAUGCUGAUGAUCCUUAUGAAAUUUAUGAGUAAAUUAUAAAAACUAACCUUAAAUUUCCUAGUUUUAUGAAAGAUUAAUAAGGAAUAAAAAUUAUUAAUUAACUUUUAUCAAAAGGACCAUAAACUAGAUUAGGAGGAAGCUUUGCAACUUUGAAAGCUCAUCCAUGGUUUGAUAACUUUUCGUGGGAUGAUUUAUAUAAUAGAUAAAUUAAACCACCUUAUAUUCCACCUGCUAAAAAAAUUGUAAAUGCAAAAUAAAUUGCUGAUUAAUUAAAAGCAGAAAAAUUAGUUAUUUAAUAGAUUAGAAGCGACCAAGCUGAUUAAAAAUAUACAUAUAAAAUCGAAUUAGCUAAAAAUAAAAAUUGGGAUAGUGAUUUUUGA